AUGACACAAACUCAAGUUCAAGAAACACACAAACUCAAGUUCAACCAACACCUGAUUCUAAGGUUUAACAAUUUCCACAACUUCAAGUUCAAAAACAACAGAAACUCAAGUUCAAAAAACACACAAACUCAAGUUCACCAAAUACCCGAAUUCAAGUUCACCAAAUACCACAAACUCAAUUCAAAAACAACACAAACUCAAGUUCAAAAACACAAAAAACUCAAGUUCACCAAACACGCAACUCAAGUUCAAAAACGACACAAACUCAAGUUCAAAAAACACACAAACUCAAGUUCACCAAAGACCCAAAUUCAAGUUCAAAAACACCACAAACUCAAUUCAAAAACAACACAAACUCAAGUUAAAAACACAAAAACUCAAGUUCAACCAAUACCCAAUUCCAAGUUUACAAUUUCCACAACCUCAAGUUAA